UCCGUAGUACUUUGUAGGUCUGCAAAGUACUUCAUUAAUUUAAUACUCAGUGUUUGCAGUGUUCUCAUGAACUCAGUGUUCAUGUUAGUGGAUUUAAAGAAUUUCAACAUGGCUUCAGUUCUAUGUGUUCUCCUGCAGUUCCUCCUCUGCUCUACAGCAGUUUUCUCUCUAUCAGUGAAGAUCAGUCCAAUGAAUCCACUGUUUCGAGUGGGAGACAGAGAGGAGAUCACAUGUCAAGCGGAUCAAUGCACUGGCAAAAUGACAUUCUCCUGGCAAAAUUUAGAGGACAAGCCCUUGAAUGCUUACAUCCAGAUGUUCCCGAAUAAAACAACUUUGCUCUACAAAAGAGUUCAAAAACAUCAUGAAUAUUCAGUUGUGUGCAAGUUAACCUGCCAGGGCAAGUCCAAGGAGGGAAAAGUGAAAAUCCAAGUGUACUCUUUUCCAAAUGAUCCAGUUGUCUCUGGACAUGACAACUUGGUGUUAGGGAAGGAGAACACCGUGACCUGCAAGGUUUCAGAUGUUUAUCCAGCAGAACUCAUGACAGUGGAAUGGCUGAGAGGAGGAAACGUGGUCUAUACACAGGAAGGAGAACAUGGCAUUAAAUCCAUUCAAUCCAAGUACACCUUUAAACCACAGCUCAAUGACACAGGAGAGUUAAUAAUGUGUCGAGUCACACUCAAUCUUGAUAACCUGCCACCAGAGAGGAGAACCAGAGAGACCACUGUGUCCAUGGCUGUCCUUUCCCCUCCUCUGCUGGUGUCCCUGCAGCCAAAUUCGAGCUUCAUCCGAGUAGAGCGAGGUUCCUCUAUGACACUGUUCUGCAAUAGCUCAGGCUGUCCUCACUCUCAUAUCACCUGGAAGAAUGAAACACAUCAACCACGUCUGAGCAGAACUGCUGACAGCGAGGUAUUCGUAUCCCAGUUAGGCCCAUGGACCGUUGGUCUGGAGGAUAACCGAACGUUCAUUUGUGAAGUUCAAUGUGGCUCUGUUGUGAAGUCCAAGCACACAGAGAUUAAGGUUUACUCCUUUCCCUCAGAUCCUGCCAUUGAAAUUUCUGGACCCAUUAUGGAAGGAAAAGUGACCAACCUGACCUGUACAGUUCAUAACAUCUUCCCAGUCGACUGUUUUCAUAUGCAAUGGAUGUACGGAGAGCUUGAGCUGCAGUCAGUACGUGGAAAUUUCUCAGAAAAGCUGCAAAACCUUAGCUUAACUAUCCCCAUCAAGCCUAAGGACAGUGACCAAAAUAAGACGUUUACCUGCAAGGUAUCACUAAAGAUCGGAAAACAAGAUUGGAGGUUACAGAAGACAGCAAAUACCACACUGGCAGUACAAUAUUCACCCAAGAAUACCACCAUUGAUGUGAGACCCCAGAAGCAACUGAAUGAAGGGGAGACUGUGACUAUCUCCUGCCAGACUGCCAGUUAUCCAGAGGGACAUGUGACAUUAAGUAGGGUGUGGAAUGGAGAAGAGACUAAAUUAGUUUCCAGUAAUGGGACCCAAACCUCUUUUAGCAUAUCCUAUACUAAUGUAUUGCACUCUGGCAUCUACGUGUGUGAAGCUGUUAACAGAUAUGGCCAGCAGAGAGAGAUGGUCCAGAUAACUGUACAAGCACCGCCAAGGAAUAUCAAUGUCACAGUGUACCCUUCAAACACGGUUCAAGAGGGUGAAACAAUCACAGUUUGCUGCCAGUAUGUGAGCUUUCCACCAUCUGAAAUUACCUUAAGGAAACUGGACAACGGAAGUGACAUUUACUCUUCCAAUGGGACCUUCUUGCUGGUUAACCUCACUGCCAACAGCUCAGGACUGUACCAGGUCACUGCUACCAAUGCCCUGGGUUCUGAGAAUAAGAUUUUCACAAUAAAUGUAACAAGCAAGAAUAUAGAAUCACCUCUGUUAAAAAGAAUUAAUUCAACUGAUUUUAUAAUUCCAGUCAUUGGACUUGGAGUUCUGGCUACAGUACUCAGCACCCUAGAUUAUAUAAGAAGAGCAAAAAGGAAAGGCUUCUAUGAGCUGACUGAGGGCAUACCAUAAACUGCUUGAACAAAAACACAAACUUAGUCUCCUGUAUUAAACUGAAGCAGAAUCUACUGAACAUAAUCAGGCACACAUUCUGCUGAACUGAAUCACAUACCGUGGAGAUUCAGAAUUGAAACAGUCUCUGCUAAACUGAAUUACUGACUGGGAGACUGAAUAUUCUGAAAGAAUGAAUCAGAUUGUAAAUGAAUCACACUGCUUGAACUGAUUCACACUUCACUAAACAAACUCUGGUAAACCAAAUUGUACUCCACUGAACGGAAUUUUACUUCAGUGAACCGAAUCACACUCUGCUACAGUAUAUUAAAUCUCACACUGGUGAACUGAAUCACUCUGCACUAAACCGAGUUACACGGCUGAACAGACAACACUGAUCUGAAUUAGACUGAGUCAACUAAACCGCCCUGUCGGGACCAAUUUUUAUCUCUGUUGGGGUAUUAGUCUCAGACAUCUGUAACAUUUGUGUGUGUGUGUUUGUGUAUGUGUAUGUGUGUGUCUGUGUGUGUGUGUGUGUGUGUGUGUGUGUGUGUGUGUUUGUGUAAAAGAGAUAUGGUCAGAGAACCUGAUGUAUUUGUAUAUUUUGCAGAAAUGUUUUUUUAAGCAACUUUUUCAUGUGUAAUAUAGUCCCUCCAGAUCAAUAGUCAAUAUAUUAUCUGGUAAAUAGUUGCUGAGUGAAACAAGAGGCCUUCUUAUCUCUCUAAUAUCUAAUAUGACAUCAGAAUUGAUGUGUGACAUUUAGGGUUGCCAUUAGGUCUAGUUAGUGUUUGUAUAAAAUCUUUGUCCCUCUGAUAUAAAAACAUGAUGUGAGGUGGAACUUUCCAUGACUUACUUUCAGUUUUACUAAUUUUACAGCAAUGUGGUGUAUAAAGAUUAGGGAAUUGUCUAGGGAUUUAUUUAGACAUUGUUUUGCUUUUCUUUUUGCUGAGUGGAAGAAUUCAGGAACUGUUUAUAUAGAUGAAUGUCUCAAUCUGUUUCAUGAUGAAAACAAUGAAACGUUGUAAAAAAUACAACAUAAUAAUUGUUAGAAUUCCAACCUCCUGACCUGCUUCUUUUGUUUUUCACCUCCAUGUAAGUUUUUUUAUGUUCAUGCAGAAAAAAUGUAAUGCAUAUUUAAAUUGUAAAUAAUGUAACAUUUAAUAUUUGAAUAUUUGAAUGUUUGAAUGUUUUAUUUUAAUGUAAUCUUAUUCAUUUUUUGCACAUGACUGACAAGACAAGCAGUCAGACAGUGCCAUGUAAUUAUUAUUAUUAAGCCAAUAAAUGAAAAAUGGUCAAA